CAGUUCUGCGAGUGGCUGCUGGCAGAGGACAGAGUUAUAACUGGCAACGCAAAAGCGACUUCUGCAUUUUGGUCCUCACUACAAUGGACGAAGAACUGUACAAGAACUUCGAAGGACUGCCAUUGUUUGAUUUCUACAACGAGGAAUCCGUCCGCUCAGCAAAAAAAUAUAAACCUCGACACGGAGACGUUAUUUUGGUUGCAUACCCGAAGAGCGGCUGCAACUGGACGCAUUUCAUAAUUUGGAACAUAAUGACAGAAGGCAAGCAACCUAAUGACGUCGUGGAACUGGGGCUGAUGUCACCAUUUCUUGAAGUAACUGGAGCCGCAGCAGCAGAAAAUUCACGAAGGACAGGUCCCAUAGUAACUCAUCUUCCUUAUAGCGUCUUUACGCCGGUGGACCAUGCGAAGUACGUCUACGUAGCCCGGAAUCCCUAUGAUUGUGCCGUAUCGAUGUACCACUUUCUCAAAGGACUGACGCCGAAGACAUACACGGAUGUUUGCUUUGAAAAAUUCCUGUCUCUUUUCCUGUCAGGAAAGGCAUUUUAUGGGGACUACUUUGACCACGUGCUGCCGUGGUACGAACACCGCCACCAGCCCAACAUCUUACUCAUUACCUAUGAACAGCUCAAAGCCGACACUAAAGGAAUGGUCCUGAAGAUCGCAGAGUUUCUUGGUCCGGAACACUACGCGAGAAUUUGUAGUGAUGACACUCUUCUUCAGAGAAUACUAGACAACUGCAGUAUGCAGAGCAUGAAGGCCAUUUUAAGAGAUGGCGUAAGCGCGCGGGUGAAGAAAGUUGUUGAAACAACGUCAGAUAAGUCACUUCAGCCAGUUGAAACAAUUAAGAAGACGUCAGAGACGAACACAGAGAUGCAUGAGGGUGGUCACUUUGUUCGCAAAGGUUUAGUGGGCGACUGGAAAAACUAUUUCACAAGCGAAGAGAUAGCCCGCACGAAGAAGUGGAUUACUGAAAGGACUAGGGGAAGUGAUGUGAUGUCGCUUUGGGAUGGAGUGUCUCUGCCAUAGAUAAUCCUCAUCUAAUCACGUCCCGAGUCGCAGUAGAAACUGGAACGGGGAAGGGCAAUCCCGUAGAAACAUAACACAUUUCCUUCCUUAGUAAACACUCCAGCCUAAGUUGCUUGGCAGAACGCGCACCCUAUAACUCAUUUCACUGAUGACACAUAUUUGGCGCAUGAGAACAAAUGAGGUGCUGUGCCACUUAAAAUGCAACACACAGCGCUAUUGUUUUUUUGCAACUGGGUAGUUGAAAUUACAUUCUUCAAUAUCUACAAUCACUUCGUUUGAAACGAAGUAUUCAUUCUACGUUUAAUACACUGAACAACACAUAACUGCCGUAUUUUCAAAACAAUAUUUUCAAACAUUACAUUAAUGUCUAUGGACUAACCUCUCACACGCAAGAUGCUAUUACUAUCACAUGCAUUACGUUGUUUCACAAGGCAUGGGAAUGUUACAAAUUCGAAUAUUAAACGCUUUCGCCUUUACCCUGCAGCGAAGAUAAGUUAUUGCUGUUCUAAAAAGAAAAUGCUGUCAAACUUCUCAAGAAACGACAGUCGGCAUGGUCUCGCAUGUA